GACGCCCGCCGCGUCUCCCUCCAUACAGCUGUGUCCAACGGCCACGAAGCACUCCCGUCGGCGUCUCUGAGACAAUAAACACACGACACAAUCGCACAACCCCACCAUGGCCUCUAGCUCUGGUCUGACAAGAAGAAGAGGAGGCGCUGGUGGCGCCGGAGGACUUGAGAGUGAAGAUGGAAGCCGUGUCAGCUCCCCCGCGCCUACCAACAAGCGCAACGAGGAGAACAGAGGCCUCGAGACAUCAUACGAGAGUGGAGAGAAUGGUCACAAGAUCGCCUUUGAUCCGCGCGACAUCAGCGAAAGCGCCGAAAGGAACAAGCAACCCAAGUUGACCCUGAUGGAGGAGAUUCUGCUCAUGGGCCUCAAGGACAAGCAGGGUUACCUCUCUUUCUGGAACGACAAUAUCUCAUACGCCCUCCGAGGCUGUAUUGUCAUCGAAUUGGCUUUCCGCGGACGCAUCAGCAUGCAAAAGGACUCCAACAGAAGACGCUUCCCACUCGCCGACAGAGUCAUCGAAGUCAUAGAUGACUCGUUGACGGGCGAGGUUUUGCUCGAUGAGGCACUCAAGAUGAUGAAGAGCAGCGAGAAGAUGAGCGUCAGUUCAUGGAUUGAUCUUAUGAGCGGUGAAACAUGGAACCUUAUGAAGAUUGGCUACCAGCUCAAGCAAGUAAGAGAGCGUCUGGCAAAGGGUCUGGUUGACAAGGGUAUCCUGCGCACGGAAAAGCGUAACUUCUUGUUGUUCGACAUGGCCACUCAUCCCGUGGCUGAUGGUGGUGCAAAAGACGAGAUCCGCCGUCGUGUCCGCAACGUCCUUACUAACCGCACUGUGGUACUGCCGCCAACACAAUAUUUGCCCGAGGAAAUGGAAUUCAGAUAUCUGCGAACCAUCGCCAUGGUCUGCGGAGCAUACGCAGCCAACGUACUGGAGAACGCAUUGACAACCCUGGGACACGAGGCACGCGAAAGAGCAUUCGCUCAGGUGGACGAGCUGUUGGCCGAGUACUCACAAUACCCCUUUGCCCGGAGGACAGGAGGACCUGGCUCUAUUGGAGCCAAUCUUGGCCAGGUGAUUAUGGAUGAAGUCAACACGGCAAAGGACAAGGAGUUGCAACUCGAGGUGGUGGCGGCUUGCUUGAGCGUGUUUACAAGACUGGAUUCACUACUCUAAAGGCAGACUCAUGGCAGUGACUUGGGAGGGGAUGGGAUACCAAAGGACAUCAAAGUCACAUGAUUACAUUCUGAUGAGGCGUUAUUAUAGCAGCGGGGAUUGAAGAAAAUGGAAGCGACAAGCAUCAUGUUCAUGAAACAGAGUGUCAAAAAGAAGAAGAAAGCGAGUCGUGAUACGUGAUGAAUGGUUGGCGGAAUGGAGAUGGAAGAGACGCGGAUCGGAAGAAGGGUCCGAGCUUUCUGGCGAGUUGUUACAGAC